AUGACAGACGUUUAUGGAACGAGGGCUGUGCUGACUCCUAUGGAUCUCACAGCAGCGCAGAAAGAAAAAGUGGAGCAGUGCAGCAACGCUGCUAAGUCAGCCCCUGAUGUUUUACCGGCUCCUGGCCAUUGGCACCGCGUGAGUUCCCCUGAGGGAGGGCGGCGCGUCCCCGGGGGGCGGAGGGCGGCGCGUCCCCGGGGGGCGGAGGGCGGCGCGUCCCCGGAGGGCGGAGGGCGGCGCGUCCCCGGAGGGCGGAGGAGGCCGUGCCCAGCCCAGCCCUGCCCUGCCCUGCCCUGCCCGGCCCUGCCGCUCUUUCGCGCCCCGCACGGCCCCGCCAGCGUCAGCAUAGCUCUCCCCGCGCCCGGGGCGCUGCCUCUCCUCCUCCUCCUGCAUCUCGCCGCCUCCUCCAAGCUCAACACCGCCAAGGUGCUGCUCCCUUUCACCCGCGGCAGCCGCGUCAACUUCACGCUAGAGGCCAGCGAGGGUUGCUACCGUUGGUCGUCCACGCGGCCGGAGGCGGCGAGCAUCGAACCGCUGGGGCCGGCCGGCUGCCUCUGCUCGCAGAGAGCGCUGGUCCAGCGCCUCACCACCAUCAUCUCUGCCGAGGACACGCUGACUGGAGAAGUGCUUCGCUGUGAUGCCAUCGUUGAUUUAAUUCAUGGCAUUCAAGUUGUGUCCACAAUGAGAGAGCUGUACCUUGAGGAUUCACCGCUGGAGCUCAAAAUUCAUGCUUUGGAUUCAGAAGGAAACACUUUCAGCACUUUGGCAGGGUUGGUGUUUGAUUGGACAGUGGUGAAGGACCCAGAGCCUGAUGGCUUCUCAGAUUCCCACAACACUCUACGUAUUCUCAAGUUCUUAGAAUCCACUUACAUCCCACCUUCCUAUAUAUUGGAAAUGGAAAAAGUUGCCAAGCAAGGAGAUACCAUUCUGGUGUCUGGAAUAAAAACAGGGAGUUCUAAAUUAAAGGCAAGACUUCAGGAAAGCAUCUAUAAGAAUGUACAGCCUUCAGAAGUCAGAUUGCUUAUUUUGGAAAACAUAUUUUUAAAUCCAACAUAUGACAUUUAUCUUCUGGUGGGAACAUCAAUUCAGUACAGAGUUCAGAAACAGAGGCAAUGGAAGAUCACAGAAAUAGCAAUGCCAUCAGAGCAGUAGGAGCUGCAGCUCCAGAACAACAUCCUCCAUCCCAAGGGAGAUCCCUCCCUGCCAGUUGCCAAGCUGGACCAGGCAACAUCCACUGUGACUGCGUUGCAGCAGGGCCAAACCAACUUCAUCCUGGUGCACAAGAGUAUCUGCAUGCAGGGUGUGUCCUGGCUGCCCAGCAGCACUGUCUGUGUGGUAGCUCCUGCAUAUUUGGGAUUUACAGUUCAUCCAGGUGACAGAUGGGUCCUGGAAACGGGCAGACUUUAUGAAAUUACAGUUGACAUGUAUGAUAAAUCAAGCAAUAAGGUGUAUUUAUCUGAUAAUAUCCGAAUUACUACAGAGCUGUCCGGAGAACACUAUGAUGUGCUGCAGUCCUCUCUGAAUGGGUCCUAUCAUUAUGUGAUGGCUGUAAAGGCAGGUCAGACCACAAUUGAUGCUGCACUGACAUCAGUAGUUGACCAGGAUGGAGGUGUUCAUACCUUACCAGUUCCAGUGAGAAACCAGCAGGAUGUGGAGAUCUAUGUUCCAAUAUUGCUUGUACCCAGCAUUCUGAUGUUUCCUUGUCAGCCAAAAGCAGGAGCCUACCAGUACACCAUCCAGACUCAGGGUGGAAGUGGCAACUUCAGCUGGUCCUGUUCUAACCAGGCAGUAGCCACAGUGACAGUCAAAGGAGUGCUGAGCACGGGGAGCGAUGCUGGGGUCAGCAUUAUUCAGGCGUUCGACGUGCGGAAUCCGCUGCUGUAUGGCGAAAUGAAGGUGUAUGUGAGCGAGCCCUGCGCCAUGGAGUUCACUUCCUGCCAGGUGGAGGCACAUGUGGGGCAGGUGCUGGAGCUGCCACUGAGGAUCAGUGGCCGGACCAGCGUAGACAGGGGCGAGCUGGUCCCCCUGAGCAACUGCUCACAGCUGGAGCUGGGGGUGGAGCUGGAGAACCCUGGCGUGUUCAGCCCGCUUGAAGGAAGACUUAAGCCAACUGCUGAUUUUUGCAGUGGAGUGAGACUGAAGGCUGAAUUUCAGGGGUACACCAGGCUGGUGGUUGUGUACACCCACGGGCACGUGCGCCUCAGUGCCAGCAUCGCCAUCGCCGCUUAUCUCCCGCUGAGAGCUAUCGAUCCACCAUCAGUCGCUUUAGUGACUUUGGGUUCCUCUAAGGAUAUGUUGUUUGAAGGAGGACCGAGGCCAUGGGUCCAAGAACCUUCCAAGUUCUUCAGGAACGUUGCUGCUGAGGAUGCAGAAAGCAUUGGCUCCUCUUUACUUGAACUUCCCACACCUCGAAACAGCAACCAGCACCGGGUUAGGGUGCUGUGCAGGAGCCUGGGAGAGCAGGUUAUUACCUUAACAGUUGGGAGCAGCCCCACAGUCACCAGCCCUUUCCCAGUGGUUGAGCCCACUGCCGUGAAGCUCAUCUGUGCUCUCCCUUCCCGGCUGGCUUUGAUUCCUGUUUAUGGCAGCCCUCAGCUUGCUCUCUCCUGCCCUUUGCUCCAGCAGAGCAAGCAACUGGUUCCUGUUUCCAAUUACCACAAUCCAGUGCUGGAUUUGGCUGCCUAUGACCAGCAAGGCAGGAAAUGUGAUAACUUCAGCUCCCUUAGUAUUGUGUGGGAAUCCACAAAUAAGGCCAUUGCUCGUAUUGAGACGGAGCUGCCAAUGGAGCUGACUCUGAAGGAGGAGGGCAAUGGUCAGAAGAAAAUGGAGGGUAUGAGUGGCUUACAAACUGUGGUAGUUGACCAUGCGUUUGGAACUGCUGCCAUCUCUGCCACUGCCACUGGAUUCCAGCAGCCCCACCUGAAGGCAGCCAGAGCCCAAAUACCGCACGAGGCUGUGCUCCCAGGGCCUGCCACCAUUGAAGUGAUGCUUGUGGAAGAUGUGAAAGUGAGCCCCACUGGGCUCUCCAUCUACAACCACCCUGACAUCCAGGCAGAACUUCUCCUCCAACAAGGUUCUGGAUAUUUUUUCAUUAAUACCAGUGUGCCAAAUAUUGUAAGAGUGACACAUGAAGAGACUCAAGGCAUUGCUUUGGUGCAGCCUCUGCUCCCAGGAUCAGUGACUGUAAUGAUUCAAGACCUGUGUCUGGCUUUCCCUGCCCCAGCUGAAGCUGAAAUUCAUGUGUCUGAUAUCCAGGAAUUCACGUGUAAGUUGUUGGCAAGGUGGAGAUUGGAAAAACAGUUAAAGCUUAUGUCAGAGUUCUGGAUGACUCAAAGAAACCUUUUCUGGCAAAAUACUUCCCUGUCAUGGAUCUCAGUCUCAAAGCAGCAUCUCAGUUUGUCUCACUUGUGUAAGUUAAUGGACUUUUGAAAUUAAUCUGUGAAUAAGAAUUGGCAAAAAAUGAAUAAAGAUAUUAGGUUAAAGGCAUGGUAAUACACAACGGCUGAGAGUCUUUUUAUUUUCUUUUUGUGAAGCCUCAAUUAGCUGUUAAAAGGUAAAAUAUUAUUUGUGAGGGAAGUUUCCUGAGCUAACAGCCUGAAUGUUGCUGGCUGAUGAAGGAGACUGCAUUCCUCCAGUGUGAUGACUGAUGAAGCUUUGUGCAUCUUGGAAGCAGUGACUUGGCAGAGAGUGUCAGGUGAAGAGUGCUGUGUGAAGGCACAUCUGAUGUUAUCAAACUCACUGUGUCUGUUGCUUGUUUCAUUUUCACUUCAAGUAUUUAAUGUUUCAAUAAAGCACAGUUUGCAAA